CGGCGUUUUACUUGUCUCGUUCACUGCUACAACGCGCCUCUUCACGCGUCUUCUGGUGCUGAAGCACCUCGUGCCAUGGUCAAGCGAAAGCGAGACGGGUCAGACACUCCGGCUGCGCCACGCCGCACUCCGACCGACGCUCACAAGUCGUCUUUCUGGGGCUGGGUGGGGACUGAAGUCCACGACACGUCCGCGAUCACUCCGGAGCAUCUUCUUGCGACUUGCGGACUCUCUUCUGUGCGGAACCGGCAUCCGUUCUGCCGGAACUCCUUUGUUAAACGGGGACGAAACCGAGCACAGUCGGAGAGAACACCGUCUGCGAAAGCCGCUCCUCCUGAGAGCGGGAAGGCGGAUGAUGUGAUAGUGCUCGUAUCUGACGAAGACGACGAGGUCUAUCCAUGUACGAAGAAGAAAUGCAAAUCCAAUCCCAACUGUCUCAACUACCUGGGUCAAAGACUCUGGGAGGAUGAAGAUGAUGCCGAGGAGCUGUUCAUGAAAGUGGCGGCGCUCGGGGAGGAUCCUUCCGACAAUCAACGCAAGAAAGCUGUUCCUGUGGGACUGAAGGUUUACUUCCUCUCUCGCCAUGUCAUGCGUCGAGAACCAACGAAUGCUCGUAAUAGAAUCUUGGCGCCACAUGCUAUGCGAAUGCCUCUCUACAAGUUUGGUUCCGAGACAGCACGUUUCGCCGAGGUGUCUACGCCUACAUCGCCCAUAUUCCAACUGCAAGUUACUUUUGCGGCCCUGCAAGCAAGUACGCAGAGCUGUUUCAACCCAACGAGCCUCGUUGAGAGCCUGCAGCUUGUAACAACUGAACAGCAGGAUGCACAAGAGUUUUCGAAACUGUUCAUGUCACACCUCGACGCCGAGUUCAAGAAACAGUCUGAUCCGGCUCUACAAUCUCUGCUGACCGAUCAGUUCCAAGGAACUCAGGCUUAUUCCACGGUUUGUUCCAACUGCCAAACCAUCUCCGCCCGAGAGUCGGACUUUCUCGAGCUGGAGAUCAACUUCAAGAACAAUGCGAAACUGGAGGAUAGCAUCGCAGAUCUUCUCCGAGAAGAGUCCCUGACGGACGAUAAUAAAUACCAUUGUUCCAAAUGCGACAGCCUCCAGGACGCGAUCCGGAGGGUCGAGCUCCGUCAGCUCCCGCCCGUUCUCCACUUCUCUCUGCUUCGGUUCCAGUACGACGUUUCGAGCGAGGAACGUCGGAAAUCGAAGAACACGAUCCAGUUUCCCACGAACCUGGACAUGUCCCGUUUUAUACACGGAGGGUUCAAGCCGCAGCAGGCGAUGUACGAGCUGCGCGGAGUUUUGCUGCACAAGGGCAAGUCGGCGUAUCAUGGGCAUUACGAGGCUCAGGUUUUCGACGAACACACCAAGUCUUGGUUUCAAUUCAACGACGAAGAUGUGACCAAAAUCGCCAACCUGGGCAAGGCGACCAAAACUGUUGUGAUUGAUCUUGAAGCCGAGGAGGGCGACAAGAAACCUGCGGCAACAUCGAGAGUGAGAAAGCGAAGGAGGAUAGAUGAUAGUGACGAAGAGUCAGAAGCAGAAAGGUCGGUCAGCCGCAUGGUUCACCAGAUGCGCUCACUUAUCUCCGCCAGUCGAAUUUCAUCCAAGGAUGCAUAUAUGUUAAUAUAUGCCCGUAAAGAGCUAUGUACCUCACAAGAACAGCCCAGUCCCCCAGAGGCCGCGCUUGAUGUGGUCGAGCAAAUGAACAGGACGCAUGAAGCUAAAUGCGCGGCGUUCUCCCAGAAGGAAACCGAGCUGAGGUCGCGGUUCCGAGAAACUCGACGCCAAGUGCGGGAUAUUUACCGGAUGUGGACAGUCGAUGGUGCUGCUGACAAGCCCUGGGUUCUUGUCAGUCAGCAGGCUCUGGAAAGUUGGCUUGAGAAGGCUGCUAUCAAAGCAGCGGUCGGCUCUGAGCCUGAGACGAUAUCGAUCGCGGAUGUGCUGUGCACUCAUCAGCUGCUCGAUCACAAGAAAGCGGAGAACAUGAAGCGGAUUUCGCUCACGGCUUUCGAGAGGAUCCUGGAUGAGACCAAGUGCGCAAUCGAAAGGGUGGACGAUAUUUGCCGGACCUGCGUGGAAGAAACCUUUCGAGAUCACCUCUAUACCGCAACUCACCGGGCCAAUAUUCUCGCAUUCGACCAGACAUGCAAGUUCGUUCCAGGAUCACGUGGAUUCUGGACCUCGAAAGCCUGGAUCAAAGACUGGAGGACGCUUCAUCCGAAGAUGCACACGGAGGCGGGCGAUCCCGCUCCUGAUUCUUCAGAAUACGCAAGUCACGUUCGCUGCGAACAUGGAGGCUUGUGCAAGGACAGCACGAAUCGACAGCUGAUAUCGUCUUCGGCAUUCGAGCUACUGCAGAAACUCUAUCCAUCACUGCAGGCCAUGAGCUCUGAGAUGGAGAUCUGCGCCGUGUGUGAAGGGCUGGAGAACAUGGCAGUCGAAGACCAGGUCCAAAUCCGUCGCUUAGCUGAUGCUGAGAAGGAGCUGCUCAAGCGGGUGUACGACGACGACGUCAUUGAUGUCCAGUAUUCCCGGUGCGCCUACAUCCCAGAAGGUUUUCUCCGCUCGUGGCGCCAGUGGAUCAACCGACCGACAAAGUGCCUGCGACCAGACCGGAUCGACAACAGCGCGUUCUUCUGCGAGCACGACAUGCUUGCCAUCGACCCGAACUGCAGGACCGACAUCGACGGCUCGCUGGUCUUGAUUAUGCGGUCGGAGUGGACCGAUUUUCACGAGCGAUAUCUCGGCGGCCCGCUGAUAGGGGUAGACACAACCGACGGGAGGGAUUGGGAGUCUCUCAUUCCCAUCUGUGCAGAUUGUCGCGAGCGAAGGUUAACAGAUUGGACGUCGACUGAGAUCACGGUGCGUCGAGGGAAAGAUCCCGACGUGGAACACAAUCAGUCAACCGGGACGCGACAAUCCAGGCGGCUCCGAGCGAAAGACAGGGGUGUGCGUCAGAAACUGACCGUCACCAAGUCGACUACCGUCAAAGAAAUCAAAGUACAGCUGCAACACGAGCUCAAAAUCCCAACGAUAUGCCAGCGCCUGUUCCUCGGCAAGCGCGAGCUGGACGACAACACCGCCACACUGGAAUCUCUGCGGGUGUCGGCGCAUGCGGUGCUCGAAUUGGAACAAGAGACCGAGGUGCACGAGAUCUCGGAUUCUGACGAGGCUCCAAAACGGAAGAGGCGGAGAGAGGAGGGCGGUGGAUUCGGGGGAACCAUCCUCGGGAGGUCGAGUCCGCUGAGAGCGAGCAGUCCGGCGAGAGCGCCCAGUCCGUCGCAAGCAGAACCCGAGACCGGCAAGAUCUGUGCCACCUGCACCUACUCGAACCGAGUCGAUCUGAGCCAAUGCGAGAUGUGUGAGAAUACGGUGUUUAACGCAUCAUAA